AAGCGCGUGCGGGAGAGGCCGCGGGAAGUGCUGGGAUCCCCCGGAACCUGCCGGGCCCCCCCGCGACCCCCGGGGCUCCCUGGCAGCCAUGGCGGGGCAGGAGCAGGAGCCAGUGACCUUCGAGGACGUGAUGGUGUUCCUGAGCCGGGCUGAGUGGGACGCACUCCCAGCGGGGCAGCGGGAGCUGUACCGGGACGUUGUGGCAGACACCUACGAGCUCCUGACCUCCCUGGGUUAUCCAGGCCCCAAGCCCGACAUCCUGCACCGUCUGGAGCGUGGGGAAGAGCCCUGGAUCUGCCCAUCCCCAGGACCCACCGGGAAUUGUCUGGAGGAGCCUUCCUCUGGAGGGUGGCCUGGAGCCUGUGGGUACCAGGGGCCAGAGACCUUGUGUCCAGCAGAAUGGAACACGUUGUGGUGUCACCAGGACAGGAGGUUCCAGAAUUUUGGCUGUCACAAGGGAAGGAGUGAGUUCCCAUUGGAAGCGGACAGUGGAGUGGAGUGCGAAGUCCAGACAUGGCUUGUGAAAGAGGAAGUGGAGGAUAAACCUGAAUUCUUGGAAGACCUAACCCACAAUGAGACAUUCCUGUUUCAUUCCAUGAUAGAACAGCAGAGCCUGUAUCCUUGGGAACAACUGUGGUAUGACCCUGGGGAGUGGAAUCACGGGGACGUCCAACACCAUGGACCCACCUUGGGAGAAGUGACAAUUCUGGCAGGAGCUCAGGAGCUGAGGGUGGAGGAGCUGAGAGCAUUGGUGGCCAAGGACCACAACUACUGCCUUCGGAACGAGCCAGGACCGCCGUGCCCCCCCAAUCCCUUCUCCCUAAGGGAACACAACUACCACCAGCACCGCCGGGCCAGGAGGAGCCGGCUGGCGCGGCGGCGAUCCCGCUGCGGCAGGAUGAUCCGCAGUGCCAGGGACAUUGUGCGGCGCUACCGGCCCUACCGCAGGUUGGGGCCUCCCUGGAGGCGCUGCUCCGGCUGCUGCGCCGCCGCGCAAGGGACGAACCCCGCAGUUUGUCCUCAAACAGAUGCGGCCGCGCCGCGUGAGCUCCAGAGCGCCGGGAACGCCGAAGGGGUGACAUCAGACACGCAAUGUGCCCCACAGGGGAUUUUGGGAACUGAGGCUUCACCCCCUGCCCCAGUUGUGAUUGAAGGGGCGAGGAAAGGAGCAGAGCCUGUGGCGGAUGCUGGAGCCAUCCGCAAGCUUCAAAGAAGCGCACGACCCCAGAAAUCCCGGGUGUCGGUGCUGCAGGACAUGAUCCAGGACGUGCUGAAGGUGGUCGAGUACAUGUUGGAAUCCCUGUGCCAGAGGUUUGAGGUCCGGGGGUUCUCCCAAGUGAAGAGCAUCUGGCCCAUUGUCAUCCAGAUUGACAACUUGACGGAGAUCGAGAAGCCGUGACUCCGGGGGGAAACUGGGAUGGGAUUUCCUGAGGCACAACACUCGAUCACCCCCAAUCCUGGGGGAGUUCAGGAGGACAAACGUGGCAAAGGAGGAUUGGGGGAGGUAAAACUGGGAAUGUGGGGCCUGUCAUGAAUUGGGAUUGAUUGAGAGGCUUUGGAGAAAAGCAGUUAUGGGGACAGAGGGAAGCUCCAAUAAAUUCAAGCAAACUGAGCACCAUGGAUUCAUUCACUUUCCCAGGUUUCCAUGUAAAUGGGGGUAGCAUGUGGAAAAACUGGGAUGCCUGAAUUAGGGAUGUUCCUGCCAUGGCUGGUGCUGGUUUUGGCAGUUCCUGACAGCUGUGGGGUGUGGGGUAUUGACUUUGGGGCUUCCAGCAUUCUCCUUCCAGCUUCCAAACAGUUUUGAGGGAGCUGGAAGGGCUCAUCCUGGAGAAGAGGAGGCUCAGGUGGCACCUUCUGGCUCCCUGCGAUUCCCUGGAAGAAGGUUGGAGCCAGGAGGGGUCUGGUUCUGCUCCUAGGUGACAGGACAAGAGAGAAGGGCCUCAAGGGGAGAAUUCCUUCCUGGAAAGGGCUCUUCACGGUGCCCAGG